ACCCAUUGGGCAACACCAACAUAACAUUGAUGCCACAAUCUAUCACGCCCUGCCUCUGCAUGUGGUUUUAAAUACUACUUUACCAUUUUCACUCACUUCAACUUCAACUUCAACUUCAACUUUCUCUCUCUCUCUCUCUCUCUCUCUCGCAAUAAGCUCAUUCCUUCCGGUAUAUGCAUACAUCAAUCUUCCUCAAACACCCCACGAGCCUCUCCCAACCUUUUCAUUUCACUUUUUUCUCUUCAAAACCUUAUCCCACUACACCAAAACAAAACCAUCCCAUUCUUCAAUUAUUUCUCUGUUUUUUUUUUCUCUCACAAACAUUUUCACAAACACAUGCUGCUCUUUACUCUCCUAUAGCUCAAACCUUCCCAUAAAAAAACAACUACCACCCAUUUCAUAACACGCUGCCAAUAACCUAAAAACUCAAUCCACAUGGCCCUAGAAACACUCCUCGUGAAAUUCAAAACCGCCAUUUCAAACAGCUUCGACUCUGUUCCACCCAAACUUCUAAAAAAGAAACCUUCCUUCAAAUCAAAACGAAACGUCGACGUUUUAGCUUUCGAGAUCGCGGGAGUUAUGUCGAAGCUUCUUCACCUUUUUCAUUCUCUCUCCGAUGCCACCAUCGUUCGGAUACGAAACGACGCCGUCACGCUUGAAGGCGUUCGCAAAAUCAUUUCCAAUGAUGAAUCAUUUCUUCUUGGACUCGCUUGUGCUGAGUUUGCUGAGUCUCUCCGACUCAUUGCUAACUCGGUCACCCGACUCAGUCACCGCUGUGAGGAUUCCGAUCUCAGGUCUUUCCAUCGGGCUUUUCUCGAGUUUGCUGACUCGGGCCGUGACCCAAAUGGAUGGGCCCUCUCUGGCCCAAAGGAAACAGAUGCUAAGUUCAGGAAAAUGGAACGUUACGUGACGCUCACGGCAACUUUACACCGUGAAAUGGAAGAGCUUUCUGUUUUAGAAAAUGGGUUCAGAAAAGCUUUGAUUUUCAGUCAUCAUGGUAAUAGUAGUGAAGGAAAUGAAGGUUCUUUGGGUAUUGGGAAAGAGCAGAAAAUUUAUGAACUUCAGCAGAAGAUUUGUUGGCAGAGACAAGAGGUGAAGGAUCUUAAAGAUAGGUCUUUAUGGAGCAGAAGUUUUGAUGGUGUUGUUUUAUUGCUUGUGAGGUUUUGUUUCACUGUUUUAGCAAGGAUAAAGGUUGUUUUUGGAAUUGGUCAUUCUGUGCCUUGUUUGUCUCCUAGUUUGUCAACUUCUGCAACAGUUUAUCCCUCUGAUCAGAAUCCAACUUCUUGUCAUGAAUUCAUUUCUGGGUCAUUGGAAAGGUUUGAGCUUGAAGAGAUCAAGGAAGGUUUAGGGAGUGGGUUUUUUGAGUCUAACUCUAAGCUUUUGAAACCACCUCCUAGUACUUUAGGUGCUGUUGCCUUGGCUUUACACUAUGCAAACUUGAUCAUAGUGUUGGAGAAGAUGAUAAAAUCACCUCAUUUGAUUGGUGUUGAUGCUAGGGAUGAUUUGUAUGGAAUGUUACCAAGCAGCAUAAGGUUAGGUUUGAGGGCUAGGUUGAAAGGAGUUGGAUUUUGUGCUAGUGAUCCUGUUCUUGCCGGUGAAUGGAGGGAAGCUUUGGGGAGGAUAUUGGGGUGGUUGUCACCUUUGGCACAUAAUAUGAUCAAGUGGCAAAAUGAAAGAAGCGUUGAGCAACAAAAUUUAGUGCCUAAGACCAAUGUGUUGCUUUUGCAGACUUUGUUUUUUGCUAACAAAGAUAAGACUGAGGCUGCCAUAACUGAGUUGCUUGUUGGGUUAAAUUAUAUUUGGAGAUUUGAGAGGGAAAUGACUGCUAAGGCUUUGUUUGGAUGUGCUAAUUUCAAUGGGUUAAUAAAACAUAGUUAAAUAAUGAGAUUGAUUUCUACUUUCUUGUCCUUUUUUUCCUUCAUCUGAAUUUCUUACUCUACCUCUUCCUUCCAUAAUAGGAGUUUUAAUUUUGCUACUUUAAGUUUAUAAUAAUAUGGUGGUGGGUUAUAGAUGAAUUGAGUUAACUUUUGGUUCUAACACAGUACUGUGUAAAUUUAUAGAAUGUAAAUGAUGUUAUAUGGUUUAGUGAAGUCUCUAAAAAAAUGCAUUGAAUUUCAUCA